GCGCGGCUCACGCGGGAAGGAGCCCUCGGCCCGACGGGAAGAGGAGCGGUUGUCGUUCUUUGGGGCGGCGGGGGCGCGGAUCAUGCUGUCCUUCCUGGCCAGGGUCACCGCCGGGCCGCUCCGCUCGCUGGGCCGCUCGCCCUUGUGCUCGCUGGCGCCACCGUGGCGGAUGGCGGCCAUCCCCGUGCCGCUGUGCAGUGGGGAGACCGCCCGCAGGCGGGUACUGCUGGCCGGCCCGCCGCUGCCUGGGCUGCUGCAGCUCUGUGCGGGGCUGAAGACUAAAACGUCGAUAAAAAGGCGCUGCAAGGACUGCUAUAUUGUUCGCCGCCGGGGCCGGCUGUACGUCUGCUGCAAGACCAAUCCCCGGCACAAGCAACGGAAGCUGUAGCCCCGUGUGUGCGGCGCUCGUGAGUGGCUGGGAGUGUGUCCCAAAAGGGAGGAAAGCAAUAAACGUGGUGCUUGCGUGCAA